CAACUUUAUUUUAAUUUUUCUAUUUUCAACCGAGAGCAGCUUAAAAUCCAUUGAAACCAAGUUCGAUACUAUCACUUGAAGCUUUAACCUCCUCCGCCGCCAGUUGAAUCCACUGCCAUCAGUCCACCGCCGCAGCUGAUUCUUCAGUUCUCUUAUCUCCCUGCUGUCUCUAAUACAAAUAAAAAAGCUUGUCAAUUUUGAAACAGUGUUGUUAUUUUUAACGAUUUUUUGAAAAAGCGGCAACGAGAUGGAUAUUAAUGGCAAGGGAGAUUCCGUGGAUGAGCUCAAGGGCCUCCGAAUUACUAACCUUGACGAUGACGAUGACGAAAACAUCGCUGUUGACGAGGAUGAUAAUGGCGAAGACGAAGACGACGAUGAUGAAGAAGAACAGGAAUCUGUAAUUCUUGGGUUUAUAGAAAAGCCUGAACACAGCUGGUCACUUCUUCGCCAGCAGUUUCCAAGCAAAGCUGGAGGCGUCCCAGCUUGGUUGGACCCAGAUAAUUUGCCUACAGGAAUGACUUGUGUCUGUGAUGCAUGCGGAGAACCCCUGCAAUUCCUACUCCAGGUUUAUGCUCCAUUAGUUGAAAAAGACUCAACAUUUCAUCGAACAUUAUUUGUAUUCAUGUGUCUGUCUAUGAAAUGUCUUCUCCGAGAUCAACAUGAACAAUGGAAGCGUCAUCCGGAUAAGCAAUCAAGGAGUGUGAAGGUUUUUCGUUGCCAAUUGCCUCGUGCAAAUUCUUUUUAUUCAAGUAAACCCCCUGAAGGCAAUGCUACCGACAAACCUUUAACCCCUGGAGCUCCACUAUGUAACUGGUGUGGCACCUGGAAAGGAGAUAAGUUCUGUAGUAGUUGUAAAGUAGCACGAUAUUGCUCACAAAAGCACCAGGUCAUGCACUGGCGUGCAGGUCAUAAACUUGAAUGCCAGCAGCUGAGUCUUUCACCUCAGUCAUCUGACUCCAAUGCCUGUCAUGGUGGAGUUGCACAAAUUAAAGCCCCAAAAGUUGCAAGCAAGAGUUUAUGGCCGGAGUAUGAGAUGAAAAACGAACACGAAAGUGAAUAUGAUACAGAGAUGUCUGGAGAUGAGGAACAUACCGAUAAUUCAUUGAUACCUAGAAACAAGGUUGAUGACACAAUGAAGUCACUUAUGGAUACUUUUGAGGGAGAUGGUGACAAAAAGAGUUGGGCUUCUUUCCAAGAGCGGAUAGGCAAGGCUCCUGAACAAGUUUUGAGAUAUUGCCGGAGUGCUGGUUCUAAACCACUGUGGCCCAUAUUAGGUGGUCGCCCUUCCAAGGCUGAUAUUCCCAUAUGCGGCUAUUGUGGUGGUCACCUAUGCUUUGAAUUUCAGAUAUUACCUCAGUUGCUUUAUUACUUUGGUGUGAAGAAUGAUGCGGAAUCUCUCGAUUGGGCAACGAUAGCAGUAUACACAUGUGAAGCCUCUUGUGAAGGUGUUGGAUACAAACAGGAAUUUGCCUGGGUACAACUUGGUACUGCUAUUAAUUGCCCUUCAUAGUUGUUUUGAUUUGAUCAUGUUUGAAGGAAAAGUUGCUUCUAGUUUCCUUAUAAUGACAAAAAUUUUGGGAUAUUUGCUUGAAAUUUAGUUUAGUGGGAGCAAUUUUAUUAUUUUUUGAUUUUAGAACGUGUGAUGGGAUUUUUUUCCAAACUGUAAUAUCCCUUUUUGAGAGAAAAUAUAUUGUAUGUUUAUUUUUUA